CGUCAGAGCAUCUGGAGUCAGAGCGCAUGCGCGGUGCUUACGCUCUGGAUGCUGCUCGAUAUAGAAAAGCAACCUACAUGUUCGCUAGGUAACGUUUCAAAGCAAAAGAAAUGUCUCGAUAUAGCGUGUCAGAUAAACAAGAUCGAGUGUGGAUUGCCGGCCAACCUCUGACAAAAUGUGCGGACGCCGACGUUUCUCCGCGCUCCUAUCGUUUCAUCUUUGGUCCAAAAUGCCACUUGCUUAACUGACAUACGAGGAUAACGACGUAAAUAGCCGAUAGAGUCAGCAUAUCAGACGAACUCACAAAUAUGAACAUUACGUUACUCAACAAGCGAAAGCUGGACUGUAUGUGUGCGCUGCUGUUAUGGCUGCAUACGGCGGUGUGGACGUGGUGUUCAGCAGCAGAAGAGCAUCAUUUCAGCGUUGAGGUUUGGUUACAGAGGUAUGGCUACCUCCAUAAAACACAACCUAACAUGGCUGUUUUGAGAUCAGCUCAAACCAUGAAAUCUGCUAUUGCUGCUAUGCAGCACCAGUACGGACUCAACAUCACAGGGACUCUAGACAAGGAGACUAUGGGAUGGAUGAGGAAACCCAGAUGUGGGGUACCAGACCAUUUGGAUAGUGUGACUGGAUUACGUAGGAGGAAGCGUUAUGCACUAACUGGGCAGAAGUGGCAACGCACAUACAUCACAUACAGCAUAAAAAAUGUCACUCCUAAAGUGGGUGCACGAGAAACCCAUGAAGCCAUUCGUCGGGCGUUCGACGUAUGGCAAGGUGUCACGCCUUUACGCUUUGAGGCCGUGCCGUACAGCGCUCUGGAAAGCGGCAAGCGUGACGUAGACAUUACCAUCAUCUUUGCCUCUGGUUUCCAUGGCGACAGCUCACCUUUUGAUGGAGAGGGAGGCUUCCUGGCCCAUGCUUAUUUCCCGGGGCCAGGCAUAGGGGGCGACACGCACUUCGAUUCUGACGAACCCUGGACGCUGGGCAACCCAAACCAUGAUGGUGAGAGAACGGCAGGCAAUGAUCUGUUUCUUGUGGCGGUCCAUGAACUUGGUCAUGCUUUGGGACUGGAACAUUCUAAUGAUCCAACAGCCAUAAUGGCUCCGUUCUACCAGUACAUGGACACGGAGAGCUUCAAACUGCCUCAUGAUGAUCUACAGGGAAUCCAAAAAAUAUAUGGUCCUCCAGACAAAACCCCUCAACCAACAAGACUACUCACAACUGCCACGCCCCCUCGCCUACACCCUCAGUCUGACCCUCGAAAGCAUGACCGCCAAGGUCGCCCUCAUCGCCCACCACAGAAGUCAAAACCCACCCACCCCAAUUCCAAACCCAACAUCUGUGAUGGAGGUUUCAACACUCUGGCAAUCCUACGACAGGAGCUGUUCGUCUUUAAGGAUCAGUGGUUCUGGAGGGUUCGAGAUAACUCUGUGGUGCCUGGUUACCCAAUGCAAAUUAGUUACUUCUGGAGAGGUUUGCCUCCUAAGAUCGAUGCUGUCUACGAAAACAGUGAAGGGAAAUUUGUCUUCUUUAAAGGCAACCGGUUCUGGGUGUUUAAAGACACUACCCUUCAGCCCACGUAUCCUCAGGACAUUUCUCUAUUUGGCAACGGAAUGCCCACGCAGAACAUUGAAACAGCUGUUUGGUGGGAAGAUGUGGCCAAAACCUACUUCUUUAAAGGGGAUAGGUACUGGAGGUACAAUGAGGACAUGAGGACCAUGGACCCUGGCUACCCAAAACCUAUUACCGUAUGGAAAGGCAUUCCAGACUCUCCGCAGGGGGCAUUUGUGGACAAAGCUAAUGGCUUCACCUACUUCUACAAAGGGAAAGAAUAUUGGAAAUUCAACAACCAGCGACUGAGAGUGGAGCCGGGUUACCCCCGCUCCAUCCUGAGGGAUUUCAUGGGCUGCGACGGGCUACCGGCCGACCCCGACUGGGACUGGAGUCCCCCGCAGGAAGAGGAGCCGUCCCAGUACGACAACGACGACGUGGACAUCGUUCUGAAGCUGGAGAGCAGCGGUGGGACAGAAAAAGCAGUUGCCAUCGCCAUCCCCUGUGUCCUGGCCCUGUGCAUGAUGGUCCUGCUGUACACCGUCUUCCGCUUCAAAAGGAAGGACACGCAGCGCCACAUACUGUACUGCAAGCGCUCCAUGCAGGAAUGGGUCUGAGGCACGAGGUGUCCCGCCCACAAAACUGUUUCUUUUAAAACCCCUCAAAGGCGCGGGGUUUGAGUAAUAUGCCGACUGCGGUGUUGAGCUUGAACGUUUGCAUCAACACGGACAAUGCGAACACAUAACGUGCCAACUUUACAGGUGACGAUGCGUCACUUGUGUGUGGUUUUGGACAACCCUCUGCAGGAGUAAACAGUGCUGAGUAGAGAAUUAUUUAUCUCCGAAAUACUGAUCUCUAUUAUUUGAGGACUGUGUCACUUCUAAAAUAACUUGCUUGUGUUGAAAAACUGAUACCCAAACCAAAUAUGCCCUUAGUGUCCAAAGAGGAUGGCUUCAUUUACAUGGAUGACUGGCUUACUGAUCAUUAUUUGAGUUUUUUCAAGCUACAUUUAUUAUCAGAAUAAAUAUGAUCUGUCUACUCGGACGUCAGAAUGAUCACGUCAAAGUACAAAGUAUAUAGCAUCGGGGCUACUUGCAAUAGUUUGUUGAAUGCCUUAAUCACAUGCCGACUUUAUUUUUUGUGUGUUUUAGUGUAUGUGCCUGUGUGAAUGUUAUCUUUUCCUCGAUCUUUGCUGGUAUUUCUUUGCUGUUGAUACACAACUGGGGUAAGAUUUAAAGUGCCACUGACUGUUGAAACUGUGUUUUGAAGUGUGUAUGGCUACUGUUAAUGUUACUCCCCUCUCCAAAACUGCAGACUUUAAGUUCUUCCGAUCAAAAUUAAAUGCGUUGCAAUGAAAAUGGCUGUUUAGCAGAGAUACCUUAAUAAUCUUCCUGAUGCUCUCGAGAAUCAAUAACGAAUUAGCUAUGUAAGACUUUAGCUUAGUUUAAAAUGCGAUACUUAGGCUAGAUUUGCUAUUCCUGAAUUUAAGAGGCAGUGCUUGCAAGGCAGUAAUAGAAAAGUGAUGAGCUUUUAGUUAAGCUUAGGCUCUGUAUGAAUGAAAUGCUGCAAUGCAACUGCUUUGUUGUCGUCAUGGCGAUCAGCAUCUUGUUUUCUAUUUGCUGCGCAGGACUAAAUAUAAAUGGUUAAAUUGACCUUUUGGACUAUUAUAACAGUUCAAAAAUAAUUUAUUUUUAAUUUUCCUUAAAAAUUAUAAUGGCAUUGUGCAUUAACAAAAAUAAAUUUUUAAAACAGCGCCACCUUGCAAGCACUGUAAUCAAUACAAGCACUUACCCAGCAUUUACCUGAGAAAAAGGCCAUACUUGAGUGUUGUACAUGCUGUUAAAAGUGUAAUAUGCUAUGUUUGGCAUGGGUUUGUGUAUAAAAGCAUUUGUUGCACAGUUAAAGGAAAUUAUUCUGCAAUCAAAACAAUAGCUUUUCUGCUUAUUUCUGUUGAUCAUUUGUUAGCAGGAUCAUUCUCAACAGAGUGUCUGUAUCGAUGAACACACCGGAUGCUGUUUGAUUUUCUUAUUUGAGUGUCUCUUGGAAGUGGAGUAAUGUGUUAUUGUCAUAUGCCUUGUUUUUCUUCUUUGGUUUUAAUGAACUGAUCUUAUUUCUUGAGCGUAUAAUGGACUGUGGUGGUUCUCACCAUACCAUCGGCAUCGGCUCUAUCUUCCAACUACAAAGACGUCCCCAUGAAUCUUCAUGUGUGACCUGUUGUUUUUAUCAUUUACAGUCGGACCUUCUCAAGCUUCGAUGUCUUUAAGUAUUGGAUGUGUAUCUAAACAUGCUGUAUAUAUCUCAUAUAGUGUCUUUAUUACGGAUACGAAAGGCAAAUUAUGCAGUACAUCAAUAAUAUUACCUAUUAUCAGAUGUGGUGUGUGAAUCAUUCUUGUGAACUCAGAAGUUUUAACAAAAUGUACCAGGCAACCAUUCAUCAUUAACAUGUAAUUUAAAGCUGAAAUCAAUGAAAGGUUGUUUGGGAGAUAUUAUUAAACAAUUCUACAUUAAAUAAUA